AUGGCGCCGAGCUUCCCCUUGUCGCGGCUGCUGCUGCCCAAGGUCAAGGUGUCCGCGGAAGAGCACAGGCUGGCCAAGCAAAUGAUGACCAGGAUGUUGCGGCACACGUUGCUGGCCUUCGAAAACUUCGCGUACGACGCGCAGGGCGUCGUGGACGCAGCGCGUUGGAAGCACAUCGACUCGCAGGACGACCUCAAGCUCUACAGGGAGCGCGUGGCUGGUGCCACCAGCGCCGGCCUGGCCGCGGAGCUCGGGCCCGAUGCAAUGCUGCCCAACAGCGACUCGGUGGCCGCCUUGGCCGCGCCUACCAUGAUGAUGACCGGCUGCUGUCCCGGCAGCGUGGCCAACGCCAUGAGCGCGGCCAUCUCACAGACGCAGAAUGAUCUUUCGUUGCUGGUCAACUUCAUGCACGACGACGUUGCCGACUGCGCCGUGCUGCAGACGAUGGAGUCACCCACAGCGGAGCGGCCUUACCACUAUCUCGGCUACAAGUAUUUCGUGCGCAAGUCGCCGGGCGCCCCGGGCCUCGUCAAGCACCGCGACUCGCAGUAUAUCGAGUACAGCGGCACGUGCACGACGCGGCAAGGAGAGGUGCUGGGCUUUGUGAUGCUGCACUCGGUGAAUCUGCCAAUGUUCCCGGAUCUGGCCAACUACAACUCCAUCCGCGCCUUGCAGUCUGUGCGUUACUUGUAUCGACAGCGCAGCCACGAGGUGGUCGAGGUCUUUAUGCUCGGCAACAUCGACAUCUCCGGAAUGGUGAUCAAGCCCAUCGCGGACAAGCUGGCCCAGAUCACGCUGUUCGCGCUCGUGCAGCUCACGGACUGCGCGGAGGCCAAGAAGCUCACCCAAAUGGUGCAGGAGCGUCGGCCGUCCGUGCUGGUGCGCUCUCGCCAUCCCGACGCGGACGGGUGCCAGCUCUGCGGCAAAACCCACAAGAAGAGCUCGUUGCUGAGCUCCAGCUCCAAGCUCCUGGUGAAGUGCGAGUGCUGCGGGCUGUUCGCGUGCUCGACGUGUCGAGACAUCAAGCGGAUCUACGUGCCGAAUGCCGACGGCAUCUUGGGCAAGUUCGAGAAGGUGUCCGUUUGCAUGAGCUGCAUCAUUGAGGCCAACGAGACGCUUCACCAGCCUCCACCUCCAGCGUCACAAGCCUCGACGUCG